CACACACACAGGCACACACACUCACUCUGCACUGAGAGGGUGAAGCUACACAUCAUUUUUGGGAUGAAGGCAGAGGAAGCUGUGGUCCUGAUGCUGAGGCAGUGGAUACAAUUGUUGCCAGUUGUUGCCUGCUAACUUAAGGGGAUGCUCGCUUUGCCCACGGCCAGGGCGACUUGCUGAUAAGAGGUGGAUUAGAAGCAGAGUUACAGAGACCAAUAGCUGCCAGUGGGAGUAUUUCAUUCACAUGGAGGAGACCCGGCGCUGAGCUGUCUCUGUCAGCAGCACGGGCAGAGCUACAAGUGCAGCUCCUGGGAGAGCACACUGUCAGUGCAAUGCAGCCGCAGGACACUGCUCGGACCACUUUAUCCAAAGAGCCACCAAAAAGAUAUGACUUAGAGACCUCCGAUCCCUCCUUUUGAAUCUACCAAUGAAAUAAGUGAUGACAUCAACCGUUUGCUCUAGCUGUCGAAUAUGCCGAUUGUAUUAAAUUGAACUGGACGCACACACUUCCUUGGUGGAUAGCACACGCAUGGCAUCACUGCUAGACACUUUGUCACUUGUUGUCGCUUAGUGAGCACUGAUGGUCGCAUCUGUUAAGUUCAACUUCCAAGGGUUUGUUUCUUCAUUCAAUACGUUUAAAGCUUGGCUUUUGGAUUGCAAUCAUGUAUCCUGGAAAUUUGUUAAUGGAAAGAAAGCGAUCAGUUUCUUAUACCUACAAUUUGAUUUCAGCACUCAAAUGGUAUUGGAUUUUCAGUCUUGUUCAGAGAACCAGUAGCCAAGAAUAUGCUCACUCUAUCCGAGUAGAAGGUGACAUCAUUCUCGGGGGUCUUUUCCCAGUCCAUUCAAGAGGAGAACGUGGGGUGCCUUGUGGAGACCUUAAAAAGGAGAAAGGUAUUCACCGACUAGAGGCCAUGAUGUAUGCUAUAGAUCAGAUAAAUAAAGAUCCUGAUCUACUUGCAAACAUUACCUUAGGAGUUCGUAUUCUUGAUACUUGCUCUAGAGAUACAUAUGCUUUAGAACAAUCUUUAACAUUUGUGCAAGCCUUAAUAGAUAAAGAUGCUUCUGAUGUGAGAUGUGCGAAUGGCGACCCACCUAUUUUUACCAAACCGGAUAAAAUUUCAGGGGUGAUUGGAGCUGCGGCAAGUUCUGUAUCCAUUAUGGUCGCUAACAUACUACGGCUUUUUAAGAUACCUCAAAUCAGCUAUGCAUCUACUGCUCCAGAGCUAAGUGACAACACCAGAUAUGACUUUUUUUCACGAGUGGUCCCACCUGACUCCUAUCAAGCCCAAGCUAUGGUCGAUAUUGUGACCGCAUUGGGAUGGAAUUAUGUGUCAACAUUAGCCUCAGAAGGGAACUACGGAGAAAGUGGUGUGGAAGCAUUCACACAGAUAUCCAGGGAAAUAGGUGGCGUUUGCAUUGCCCAAUCACUGAAAAUCCCGCGUGAGCCUAAAGCAGGAGAAUUUGAUAAAAUCAUUAGACGCUUGUUAGAAACUCCACAAGCCCGUGCAAUCAUUAUUUUUGCAAAUGAAGAUGACAUAAGACGAAUUCUAGAAGCAGCCAAAAGAAAUAAUCAAACUGGACAUUUUCUUUGGAUUGGUUCAGACAGUUGGGGUUCUAAAAUAGCUCCAGUGUUCCAGCAAGAAGAAAUAGCUGAAGGAGCCGUUACAAUAUUACCAAAGAGAGCAUCAAUUGAUGGCUUUGAUAGGUACUUUAGGAGUCGUUCGUUAGCUAAUAACCGAAGGAAUGUUUGGUUUGCGGAGUUUUGGGAAGAAAAUUUUGGAUGCAAGUUAGGAUCACAUGGCAAAAGGAACAGCCAUUUCAAAAAAUGCACAGGAUUGGAGAAGAUUGGACGAGAUUCCAGCUUUGAACAAGAAGGAAAGGUCCAGUUUGUAAUCGAUGCAGUGUAUUCGAUGGCUCAUGCUCUGAAUAACAUGCACCGGGAUCUCUGCCCUGGAUACAUUGGACUUUGUCCAAGAAUGAAGACCAGCGAUGGUAAAGAGCUUCUCAGUUACAUCCGAGCUGUACAUUUUAAUGGAAGUGCUGGGACACCAGUUACAUACAAUGAAAAUGGCGACGCGCCUGGACGCUAUGAUAUUUAUCAAUAUCAAAUAGUCAAUAAGACGACAGAAUACAAGGUCAUUGGACAGUGGACUAACCAGCUACAUCUAAAUGUCGGAGACAUGCAGUGGAGAAGCAGAGAGCAUAUACAGCCAUCGUCUGUUUGUAGCCUGCCAUGUAAACCUGGAGAAAGAAAAAAACAGGUGAAAGGAGUCCCGUGUUGCUGGAAUUGUGAACGAUGUGAGGGCUAUCAUUACCAGGUGGAUGAGAUAACCUGUGACCUAUGUCCUUUAGAUCAAAAACCAAAUGCAAACCACACUGGUUGCCAGCUAAUCCCUAUUAUCAAACUUGAAUGGCACUCUCCUUGGGCUGUAGUUCCUGUCUUUAUAUCCAUUCUGGGGAUUGUGGCGACAUCGUUUGUAAUUGUCACUUUUGUCCGAUACAACGACACACCUAUUGUGAGAGCAUCUGGACGGGAGCUCAGCUACGUGCUGCUAACAGGGAUUUUUCUGUGUUAUGCAAUCACCUUUUUAAUGAUUGGAACUCCAGAUAUGGUAGUUUGCUCUUUGAGACGUAUAUUUCUGGGUCUAGGCAUGUGUUUCAGUUACGCUGCUUUGCUCACUAAAACAAACAGGAUUCAUCGGAUAUUCGAGCAAGGGAAAAAAUCUGUUACUGCCCCAAAGUUUAUCAGUCCAGCUUCACAGCUGGUCAUUACUUUCAGUCUUAUAUCUAUACAACUGAUUGGAGUCUUCAUAUGGUUCAUUGUAGAUCCUCCCCACAUCAUCGUAGACUACGGUGAACAAAGAACGCCUGAUCCAGAGAAUGCAAGAGGUGUUCUUAAGUGUGACAUUUCUGAACUUUCUCUAAUUUGCUCACUUGGAUACAGUAUUCUUUUGAUGGUUACAUGUACUGUUUAUGCUAUCAAAACUAGAGGUGUUCCAGAAACCUUCAAUGAAGCCAAACCCAUCGGAUUUACAAUGUAUACCACCUGCAUAAUUUGGUUAGCUUUUAUUCCAAUAUUUUUUGGAACAGCACAGUCAGCUGAAAGGAUGUAUAUCCAGACCACCACUCUGACAGUCUCGAUGAGUCUAAGUGCUUCUGUAUCCUUGGGUAUGCUUUAUAUGCCCAAAGUUUACAUUAUAAUUUUUCAUCCAGAGCAAAAUGUACAAAAGAGAAAAAGGAGCUUCAAGGCUGUUGUAACAGCAGCCACCAUGCAAAGCAAACUGAUUCAAAAAGGAAACGAUAGACCCAACGGGGAAGUGAAAACGGAAAUUUGUGAAAGUCUUGAAACAAACACUUCCUCUACGAAGACUACAUAUGUCAGUUACAGUAAUCAUGCAAACUAAAACUGGACAACUUCAAUCAAGAAAACAAAAAAUCAAGCACAAAAAUUACGAAAUUUCAACAGUUCUGCUAUACAAACUAAGUACAAUAAACACGAACAAAUAAAUGGAUAUUAAAAAGGAAAUUUAUUUUUCAAAAUUAAAGUGUCAAACUAUUUUAAAACAAAGCACAUGAAAGAGUUUUUUUUUUUAAUGUGCACAAAGUGGAGCUAAGAAACAGAAUCCUGUUCACAGUUGAAAAGACAUUUGAUGAAAAAAAAAAUCUGUCAUAUGUUACACCAUAAUUGUAAGUACUUUUUGUGAUUUGUGCAAAUUUUCAUUCCUGUCCUAUAAUGUUCUAUUUGUAUAGGAGAUGAGUUUGUGCAUUGUAAUGGCUGAUUGACAUGAAGCCCUGGGUCGUGUUAAAUAAAUGCAAUGGUUUACGCAUGCACAUUUUUAUACAAAAGAUAUUUCUAAAAAUAAAGGAAUGUUUUGCAAA